AAAUCGAAUUUGGACUUCGCAGUGGACGUUUCCAGAGGCGUUCGUCGGAUGAACACGGGAAAACACGGGAUAAACUCGGGAAGGAAUUUACCAUUUCGGAACUCGGCUUUUCGGCCUUUCGGUGCGCGCGUGCUUGUUUGUGUGUGUCUCGAUAUUAUUGUUGCUGCGCUGCGUCGGUGUGUGUGUGCAUUUGAGCCACGGAGAAAUUGUUAACAAAUACAAAUAAAGUAAAAGAAAACGAAAAAAAAAAAGAAAUAAACCGGUUCCUUAUUUUCUGCUUCAGCUUCUUCUUCUCUUCGUCGCCUGCAAUUGCCUUUUCGUCAUUCGUAAUAACCAAAAUCGAAUUCGUUUCGCCAGCGCAAUUUUAAUUUCUUUUCGGUUUUUGACCACCCGUUCUUCGGUGCGAAAGUAAUAACAACCAAAACAAGGCAUAAACUACAUGUAGCAUUGCAAAAUUAACCAAUUUUUUUUACUGUGCCCCAAAACGAAUCCGAAAAAUUCCAACGAAUCAGUGAGUGCAAGAAAUCAAGGAGAUAAAGUUGCGAAUUAAAAUCCAGUGCCAAAAAGUGAGAGAAAUACGAGAAACAAAACAAAAGUUGCAAAUUUACCGAAAAAUUGAAACAGCAGAACACACACACACACGGACAAAAAAAAGGAGGAAGAAAGCAUAAAUUUUGUAACUUGGGGGCAUCUGGUGGAUGCACAGAGUCCAGAGUUUCGGGACUGCAGGACCAGGUGGAAAAACAAAAGUAGAAGGUCGGUGUAAUUGAACGGCAACAUCGGCGAGCAGAAGAACAACAACUGGAGUGCGUAAAACAUAAACAGACAGUUUUUAAAGCGCCCCUGUUCACAGAAUUCUACUCGUUAACGGAAUCCGCGAAAUACUUGCUAAAGGGGGAGUUUCAAUAGAGAUUCCAGAAGGUUGGAGAGCAACAAGCGUUACUGGGAAACUUCUUCAAAAAUUUCGAUGAUGCUCGACUUCUCUAGCUGCUAAAUACGCCGAAUUUCUCACCGAGAAAGCUUAACAGACCGAACGACUCCGUACGAAUUUGAUAUUGAAACCACAAUGUAUCCGGCCAGCGGCAGUGGAGGAGGCAGUGCAGCGACCGCUGCUAAGUUCCAGAAUCGCUGCGGAUCGCCGCAGUUUGCCAGCGACUAUCCGCAUCCACAUCCGCACCAGCAUCCGCACCAGACGACAUCGGUGGCGGUGCACAGUGCCCCGCCCGGAGUGAGUGGUGGCUCCAUAGCCAGCGGUGGGUCCAUGUCCAUGCGUCACGGCCAGCGGGUGGUGGCCUCAGCCCAUCAGCAUCCCAGUCAGAUGACCCUGAACCACGGCGGUAUGGGCCACAACCACAACCACGGCAUGGGCAUGGCCAUGGGAAUGGGUCACAAUCAUGGACAUGCAGCGGCCACCUUGGGCCAUCCGCACUCGCAUUCGCACAACAACAGCAGCGGCAGCAGCAGCCACGGACAUGUGGGCUCGCAUCUGAUCUUCCCCGACGACAUGGACAGCAUCGAGUUCUGCAUGCCGGCGGCGCCCUCCUCCUCGUCCGCCUCCUCGCAGAACGGUCUCGGCGACCAGUUGCUCUUGGGCAGCAGUCACGGCGAGGCGUUCACGGAGCGCCGAAGGAGGGGUCACAGCCGGCGCAGCAAUCACAAGAUGGACGUGGAACAGCAGGUUAAGUGGUCUCGCAAGAACAUCGCCGCCACCAUGGAACGCUUCGAGCCCACGCCCAACACACAGUCCUCGUCGUCCACUUCAUCGCUGGACUAUGGAUUUGCAGCCGGCGUGAUGACACCCAGUGGCAGCAGUGCUACGGCCUCGCAUGGCGGUGGCGCCUCCAAUCCCUCACUGCACGUGGCCUUCAACGGAGGCGGCGGAGCAGUGGGCGGUGGCUCAUCCGCGGCAUCAGGCGCUAGUGGUGUCAGCGGCUCGGGAGCAGCUGCAGCGGCGGCGCCCUUCAACCAUGUCUAUUCGUAUGCUUACUACGAACCGGGGGCAGCCAAGUGUCACACCAACGUGCCUGCCGCCCAAGGAGCUGGUCCUGGACAGGGUCAGGCCCACCAGGUCCAGUCGAAGAGCCCGCCGCGCAACUCGAUACGCGCCCUGCUGGCCAAGAGCUUCCGCUCGAAGAGCAGCACCAACCAUGGCGGACAGUCCACAUCCAGUUCGCCGAGUGCCGAGGAGCGGGAUCGCCACACAUACACCACUCGCUACGGCACCACCGAGAACCUGUACGAGGAGGUCAGCGAUCAGAAGAUUCGCAAGGUGCUGUCCGACAACCGGAUCGCUAGUGGCUCCAGUGUGGGCAAUGUUAAGGAGGAGCAGCGGCGCGUACAGCACAACCAUUUUAGGGUGCUCGACGAGCUAAAUCUCUCGCUGGAGGCCCUAAUAAUGCCGCCGACACCGCCGGACGUCAGUCCCAGUCACGCCAUGGGCGCCGAUGAGCCAAGCACCUCGAUGUCCGCUGGUGCAGUGGGUGGAUCGGCGGUGUCCAGCGUGGUGGCGGGACCAACGAAGACCGCCCAGAGACCCAGACGCGGCGGCCUCCUGGGCGGUGCGGCUGGUGCAGGGGGCACCUCGAACUCGAGCUCCGCCUCGCACGCCAGCCUGGAGAACCUAUCGAGCACCCUGAACAGCAUGGAGCUCAAGGAUCAUGGCCACAGUAGCUGCAUUAAUCCGGAGUUCGAUGAGGGCGACCUUGACUCCGGCUUCAGUGGCAGCGGCAGCAGCAGCGGCGCCAGCUACAACGAGAGUCUGCGGUACUACAAGUCCGCCACGCCCACCGGACCGCUGCACCACCAUCACAACCACCAGCAGCAACAGGCGAUGCACCAUCACAGCCUGAACAACAACACGUUGCCGCACAACCUGCGCAGCUGUCGAUCCUCCACGGCCUCGGGCACUUCCACAUCGAAAAGCAGCAUGGCCAGCUGCAGCGAGGAUCAGGGCAUUGGCAUGACCUUGGCUGUGGGCGGCGGCGGCGGUGGUGGUGGUGGUGUUGGUGUUGGCGGCAUGAUGACGCCCAUGCACGAGGGAUCCGGCGUCGUGGGCGCCGGUUCCUUGUCGCCCUUCAACUAUCCACGCCGCUGCUCGGCGGACCAGCAGCGCGCUUCGGGCAGAUCGAUGGCCUCCGCCGUGGGCGUUGGACCCGGUGUGGGCGUGGCCGUUGGCGGCAUGGGCGGCGGCAGCAUGAGCAUGAGCAGCAGCAGCAACGUGGCCCUGUCCACGGGCGCGAAACCCAAGAAGAACUUCUGGACCAUGAAACCGUGAUGCUACAAAAAGGCGCUGCGUCACAUUUGCAAGAAAUGGACUAUUGUUAUGGAAUACAAUACAAAGACUGCCUCAUGCCAUGCCAUCCACUAUUACCACCAACCCAACAGCGGCAGCAGCUAUAGCAACUACAGUAGCCGUCGUCACCAUCAGCAUCAGCAGCUGACGUCAUCAGCGUCAACGUCAUCGUCCACAUCAUCACUGCAGCCGCCCCGGAAGCGCUACUCCCUCGCCCAGGAUCGUCUAAAUCCCUUCGAACUGGAUAUCUGCGAUCCCGGAGAGAUGGGCAGUAAGGAGGAGGAGGAGGAGGAGGAGGAGGAGAAAGAGGAAAAUGAACAAGAGGAGCAGGAGGAGGAAGAGGAGGAGCCAGGGAGAAGUUACUACCAGAGGAGUCAGAUGAACCGGAGGCGCCACUACAAGUACGACGCCGUGGAGGAGUGCUGUCGUCCGAUUUGCCAGGAGCAGCACUACGGCUCCAUAGCGGAUAUGUUGUAAGGGGGGAGGGGAUACGAAUAUAUGCAAAAGGGGAAACGAAAGAGGAUACGGACUCGGAAUCACUUUAAAGCGAAACGCAAGGUACCUACAACAAAGUAACUAAAAGAGAAAUGCAUGAAAUAAGAAAAGAGCAUGAAGCAAAGAGAAUUAGCACAUAUAUGAAGAGAAAGAAGGAGAAAUCCCCUCGAAUGCAGAAAAUAAACGAUUAUAGCGUUUGGCGAUAAACGAUAGGCGAUAAGCGAUCAUCGAUAUCCGAGGAACGAGUUGCGCAUGUUGAAUAGAUGUAUACCGACGUUUUUUUUCCUGGCGGCCGAUGAACAUUUUAAACUAAUCGUUACUAAGCACAGAAUUGAUAAAUAUAUAUAUUCAAAAUAUAUGUAUUAUUAACCAUCUGGCAGAUCUGGCACCGCUAAUUAACUGUAUGUUAGGCAUAUAUCCAUAUAGAAUAUAUGUAACCGCACUCACCACACGCAAACACAAGCACACACAACCACAUACAUAUAUAUAAAGAUAUAUAUAUAUAUUUAUUCAUGUACAUACGAACUAUGUUAAAGCCAAUUUUUUUUUAUUGCAUCCGACUAGAAAUACGUGAGCGCGAUAAUUUUUUUUGUGGAUGAACGUGGAGAUUAGAUCUAGAAGAUUGCACCACCAUGUUGUCUGCGCGUAAAGCAAACAUGAUCAUUAAUUAUAUAUAAAUCUAAAUAUAUACGAUUUUUUUUUUAUUAUUUAUAACCUAGCAAUGCUUGUACAUAGAGUAAAGAUUGUGGAUUAUAACUAUACGAAUAUUAAUAUUAAUAAAAAAGGAAUAUUUAAUAAAACGUGUUUUUUUUUUUUGGUAACCUAAGCUCUGAGUGUUAAAUGAAUUGUAAAUAAAUUUGGACACAUAAACAAUUUAAUUGACGCACAACUCAUAAAAGAACGGGCAAAAACAAAAGCCAAGAAAUGGAUGAAAACAAAAACAAAAUAUAUAUGUCAAUGCCUGUCAACUUUUUCAAUGCGUAAAGAACCCCAAAUCGAUGGAAAAGCAUUUAAAACCCCAACAAAAGUAAAUCUGUAAUUUAUGUGCAUGUAGUUGAAACCGAAACAGUUGGCGAGUUGUUCCACUUACUUAUUGAAAAAUGUGUCUUAAGCAAAUGCAUAUAUAAGCCCAUACAUACCUAUGUGUAUACUAAUGAUAAAUGGUAAAUGUACACCUCCACACAUCCACAUCCACACAGCAGGCGCAGCUAUAGAGAAACAUUGUAAGAAUUUCAUUUCCAUUUCGAAAACUUUCGCCAGCCAAACAAAAGUACAUUUUCAGCGACUCAACUUUCACAGUGAGGGAAAAGAGCUCUUAAAAUGCCAACUGCAAGACCUCAGGCAUCGUCCAGAAAUGAGUUCCUUAAAUCAGCGGACUAGGGAAGCUAUGAUAGAAAUUCAUUUAUUCUUGAUCCAUUUGAAACCUGUAAAAAAGGUGUCCGAAAGUAUGCUGUGUGUUUUGUACUUUGUAAGUCGAACACAGUGUACAAUUAGGAAUUUCAUUUUAAAUGGAGUAAUAUUUGAGCAUUUCCAAAAGUUGAGUUUACUGUUUUGAAAGUAAAAAGAAAAGUUAAAAGCAAAGAUAAAAAGUAUUGGUGUAAUAAAUAAAUACAAUUUCCUACCAACAACUUAAUUCGAGCUGGCGCUUUUUGAUAACUUUCCGAGCACUUUCGAAGUCCUGUCUAUUUCCUGUCCACAAUUAGAAGCAAAUGAAGAUGAGGAGGCGAAGCACUAUAGGGGAAAUUCUAGAAUCAAGUUGUAGCAACAAUGGAAAAUCCGAUUGUCGAAAGUGGCGCCCAACGCAGGCGCACUUUCCACCACGACGCACACAGUAACAGAGGAAAAACAAAACACACGCAGUCAGACAUGCAUAUACGAAUUACAAGAAGAAAUUACAAUUUUAAAUUCCCAAGCUGCACUUUGCAGACUUUUAAAUGUCUACAUAAAAUAUUAAACGCGAAUUACCGCAGAAAGGCGCAUUAGAUAUUGGAUAAAUCGUAAAAUAAAGCAAAGUUUUAGCAACACAACCAAGUAUAAGUAUAACGAAUAUGGGGAUGGAUAAUGAUCCCGAUCCCAAGACCGAUCAUCAUUUCGAUUUCGAUAAAGAGUGCUGGCGUUCUUGGGUCUCGAUAGAUUUGCUUUGCUUCUGCCAUCGCCCGAUUUUGCUUUGCCGGUGAAUUUUUCGUUCGAAACUUUGGUUUUCCCACAAACAAAAAGCUUAAAAUGUGAUAUUUUAUAAAAACUAAUAAAAACGUAACGAAAGAACGCAGCACAGAACUAUAUAGACAACCAAUACGAUACCGAUACCGAUACCAACAACAACGGGCAUUUGAACGAGGGUAGUUUACACCUUAUUAUGAUUAAUUAUUGUAUUGUAUGAAUUAAUUAUUAUUAUACUAAGUUAAGCGAAACUGUAAGUAACGUUAUGCAUAUUAAUUAUUACCAGAGAACAACGUUUUAAGUCUAAAAGUGGAACUUGGCGAAAAACUUGGCCUAGAAACGAGAAAAGCGCAAAAGAAUUAAAUAAAGAUCUAAUGCAAAACGAAAAACCCC